AUGCCUCUUCUCGAUAUGUUUUCCUCUACCAUGAUGGAAAACCGCCAGACACUACUGACUGUGAUACUGGCGUUCGUAGCAAUUCUUUCGCUCAAGUUCAUGACCCUUAUUAUCAUUACACGAAAAAGACUCAACAAGAUUCCGCUCAUGGGCAAAGAACUCGGUGGCUAUUACAAACGGCGCAUCGCAUUCUUGGGGGAUCCCAUGAGUUUCUACUGGGACGGCCAUUAUACACAUAAAAACGAAGCCUUCAGGGUCACGCACUAUGAAGGUAGGGAGAAAUGAAAUAUCAAUGGUUGAAACUAACGUGGAAUAACUCACUUUCUAGGGGAACGGGUUGUUGUACCUCGAUCGGCGCUUGAGGAGCUUUGGAAUAUUUCAGAAACCAUCCUUAAUAAGAAUAAAGCCUACAAUCAGGUACGUUGCUGUGACUAAUGUGUGCUGUGAAUUUCAUUAGCGAAUGACGGCUGAAACAGAGAGUUCUCCUGCAGUAUACGGGUCUAACUUUCGGUAAUCCCUUCUUAACGCAUUGCAUCCGGUCAGAUCCCACAAAGAAUCUCACUAAGUCUUUGCUGGUGUUCCGUGCCAAAUUCAGUUUUGCUUAUAAGAGCUCGAAAGCUCGUAUCAAUCAACACCUAGUAUCAGAAGCUGAGCAAACUGUCGACGAAACGUUGGGCCCCUGCGAAGAAUGGACACCGUACCCACUUUAUCGGACCGCCCUGCGUAUUGUUGCUAUUGUAUCUGGAUCAGCCUUUGUAGGUCCAGAAAUGUGCCGCAACGAACAGUUUAUACAUGACAGCGUACACUUUACGGAGAGCGUAAUGGCAGCACUCCAUACUCUUCAACGAUGGCCAGGGUGGAUGCGUCUAAUCACGCGCUUCUUCAAGGCUGAGAGAACCAGACUGAAGAAAUCCUGGGACCAUCUUGAGGCAUCAAAGGCACUCAUGCGGCCGGUGACCCUCCAGAGAUGAGAAGAAGAGAAGUCUGGCAAGGCUAAGUACGACCAUAUGCUUGCUUGAAUGAUGGCAAAUUAGUAUAGGUAGAAUGCCCCACAAACCGACGAUGAUUUGGCUGGCUCGAUGGUACAGCUUGGUGUGACUGUAACUCACAAUACGUCCGUCACCGUUGCCCUGACUGUGUAUCAACUCGCCAUUCGGCCUGAGUUGGUUGAAGAGUUGCACGAAGAAAUCCGCGGCGUGGUUGCCACGUUCGACCGACGGCGAGCUCUCCCUAGUUGCACGUCAUGAAUUGAAGCGUCUAGACAGCGUCAUGAAGGAAUCUCAAAGAGUGGGUCCAACCACCCCUUCCAUCGAUAUGUCGAAAAGGACAUCACCCUAAAGGAUGGCACUUUUAUCCCGGCCGGUAUUACCAUCGAGUCCAUUUUCGCACCACCACUAUCCGAUCCCGCAGAGUUCACUAACCCAAAUGAAUUUGACGCACAUCGCUUUCUGAAGCUCCGCCAUGGAGAAGUUCCGGAUCCUCAGAACUACUCCAACAAGGAACAAUAG